AACAAUAACUCGAAGUAAACAUAAAAUGGCGUACGAUGUUUUGUCGUGCUGAAUGUUUUCAUUCUGAGAGGUCAUUCACGAUUAGUUUGGAGCAAUUUUUGUAAACUAAAUAUGAUGGUGAUUAAACUUAGAGGAAUGAAAAUUUUAAAAUGCUGAAGAAUAUAUGUAUCCGUUUCCUUUAGAUUAUGUAAUUCCUGAACAUUUUGUCUGGUUUCACAACACCUAAAGAAGACGUCACUUUAGUUUCCUAAUUCUGCUAUGAUUCUUAGAACACUGACGAAAGAUUUUAGAUUCAUGGCUGGGAAAAAUUAGCCUAAAAGGUGUACCACGAGGGUGAUGGGGUUACAAAAUAUAAAUUAAUUAAUUUCAAACUUUUUUUUUUCUUAUCCAAAAGAUUUUUUUCUGCCCCCCUUUUUUUUAUUUGCAAGGAGUUUGAGAAAUAAAAACUGCAAAUAUGUUGUAUGUGUUUAUUGUGAGUUCUGGAACCAUGAUGAAAUUUGACAUGAAUCUAGCUGUGAAAAAGGUAAUGGAAUUAAAGACUGAAAUAGCAAAAUCUGUAAAUAUUUCUGUAGAAGAUCAAGUAUUAUUAUGCAGUGGUGGAGAAGAACUGAAGUCAGACAACAUAGUAGGAAAUUAUUAUGGCGCUGGUACAGACACCAAUCCCAUAUUUCUUUUUAGCAAAAAUUUAAGUGAACCAGAUCUACCAUGCCCCAUGCAUUUGAAGAAAUCAAUAGAUCUUAGCAUUGAAGAUGAUGUUAGAGGUUGUGCUAAUAUGACACCUAGCACAGGAGCAGCCACUGUCAGAUCCACAUUAGCUCAGAGGUUUGCUGAAGCUGCUUUGAAUGGCCGACGUCAGUGUGAUGAACUUGUUCAUGAGCAGCAUUUGCAACAACAAGGCUGGGCAGCUGUCAUUGCCAAUUUGGAAGAUGCAAAAGACUCCCUUCUUAAGAGAAAAAGCCGUUUUGAAGAUCAUUUUCAAAAGUACUUAGCAAAUAGGUCUAGCUAUCAAGAAAUUAUAAAAAGCUUCCCAGAGGAUAUUGAGUUGCUUGCAAAAGUUCCUCUUUUGCCCAAAUUAAUGCCACAUAAUGAAUGCAUGACUGAGAAUUUGGACACAAAGUAUACCCUGUUAUCUUGGUUUUGCUCAGAGCCAAAACCUGUUUUAGAAUCAUUAGCAGAAAAAUGUGAGCGAUCACUAGAAGAAUUGAAUGAACAUUGUCUUGUUGUCCUUAAUGAAGCUAUUCAGAACGUCCUUAAGAAUGCUGAUAAUCCUGAUAUAAAGGAAGUUAAAGGUAUUGAAGAAAGGUUAUCUUCAUUAAAUAAACAAAUUGAAGAUGCCAAGAAGUUAGAGAAAGACCAACGUGAUCUUGCAAGUUGGUUUAAUCAAACUCAGUGCAUGAUUGCCAGAGAUCCCAUGGUUUUGCCUGACCUCUGUGGGACAUUUCAGAACCAGUUAGAAUUAAUGUUGCAAAAUCACAAGUGCCUUAGGGAUAUCCUUGAAAGAUGUACUAACGCUAAAAAGGAACUGUCUGGCAGCAUAAAUUACCGCAUAAAUUACAUUUGCCGAGUCGAGAGUGAAAUGUAUGACCUGCAAGUAAAGUACAUAUUUCUCCAAAAACAUGUUGAAUCUUUUGUCAAGCAAAUAGAGAGUUUCCGUCAAGUACAUCUAGCUCCAGAAAGGUAUCUCAAAUCUCUGGCAGAAGUCUGCCGAAGAAAAGCGUUUUCUGCAAAUUAUAUGAAGUGGGCAACUGAGCUAUCAGCUGAAGCUUUCAAAACCUAUGAUAAAGAAGUUUCCUUGCGAAAGAGCUUUAACAGUGAAGAGUCAAAAAACAUGGUAGACAAUUUGUUUCCUGGAAUGGAUGAUCUGCCUCCACCAUUUGCUAUUGAAUGUCCUCAACCUUUUGACCAAAAUUUGCCAAAUAUUGUCAAGGAGGAUUUAGAAUGGUUAACUUUGCAGUUUCCAGAGCUCUCUCACUUCUGUGAAGUGUCGCCUCCAGAACCUAUGCCAUGCAUCUCACAAGCUGAGACGGACUCUGCAUUCAGCAGUAACAUUCCUUUAUCACGAGUUGUAGGUGAUUCUUCCAGUUUAGGGGACAAAUCUCAUCAAAAGAAAGAUGAAAUAUAUCCUCAUAAAUUGGCAGCACCUGCCGGUGAUUAUAGUAGCCUUCCAAGUGAAUAUGCCAGCUUACCCAACGAAGUUUUUAGCCUUACUUCAAGUCCUUUUGAAGACCCUCUCUUACCUAGCUCUGAAAUGGAAGUGAAUUUAAAGCGCACAAAAACAUCCUCUCAACACUCAGGACUAUUAAGUGGUACUUUUGGUAAGAGUGAAUUUCCAGAAGAUGGCACAGUGGCUGGUGAAUCUGAUGGUGAAGAGUUUGAAACUGUUGAACGCUAUGGAACUUCUCCAGUUGAUAUUUGUACUCAGUUAAUUGAUAGUAAAAGAAGUGUAUCUGGUCCCCGUCCUACUAGUUCUUCAGAUGUGAUAGCUGUAAAUAAAAGUCGUGAUAAGCAUCAGCCUAAAAUUUCCAAGGCCCGCAGUGAUGGUGAUGCAAUAUCUCCUAUUCAAGAACGUUUAAAAUCUUCAGAAUCUUUGUUAGUAUCUGGAGAUUUUCAGUCAACAGAAUAUUAUAUAGAUGAUUCAAUGCCGUCCUCUUACACAGAGAGCAAUGCUACAUCCCCUCUUCUGAGGGGCAAUCGAAUGGUGAAAUCACAUCAUGUUGUGUUAGCUGAAUUGCAAAAGCAAGUGGAAGAAAAAACUGGUGCCUUGAUUGGAGCUACGAGUUCAAUGAAGAAUAGCCGCUCCAUUAUACUGAAGCUGCAUGCCAAAAUAUCUGCAUUACAGAAAUUCAUUCAAGAGCUACAAGGUAGUUUCCGGAGUGAUUUGUCCAACCUGAAAACAUUUGUAAAAGAAGAGUUUUGGGAAAGGAUGUCUGAAGUCUCACAAAUUGUGGAAAAUAUCAAUAGCUGCAUGGCAAAUUUGCAACAGCAGAUUUUGUUAGAAAAGGAAGAAGCAGUAAAGGCCGCUAAAGCUGAAACUGCUUCUUUAGAGAACUCCUAUAAACAUCGACUUGAAGUUGAAAAUCAGAAACUUAAUGAUGCUGAAACCCAAAUAUCUAAUUAUGAAAAGCGCUUGAGAGAAGUUUCUUCGAGUUUUGAGGAAUUGAGGCAUGAAAAGAUCAUGUUAGAAGAUCAACUUCGCUAUGAAAAGAAGAUAGCUGAAAGUACUGUAUUAGAACAUGAAAUAGAAUUAGAUUGCUUAAGAAAUGAUAUGACUCAUGCAGUCCAAGAAAGAGAUGAGGAAAUAUUAGAAUUGAAAGAGAAACAUAUGGAAAUUGAAAAUGAAAAGGAUCUCUUACAAAAGAAAACAGAAUGUCUUGAAGCAGAACUACAAAAAAAGCUACAAGAAGGCCUCAUUAUGUCAUCUACUCUAGCUCAGAAAGAGGCUGAAUUGUUACAGAUGAUAAAAGAACAAGCUGUAUUGCAAGAGGAAAUUAAAAGGCUGCAAGAGUCUAAAACUGCUGCUGAAUCUUUGGCUAAAGUUGAAAAAGAAUUAGAAUUAAGUGCUACAGAGAAAAAACAGUGUAUGGAGAAACUGAAGGAAACAAGUCAGAAAUUAUCAGAUUUGCAAUCUGAAUUUGAGAAAAGCAAAGAAGAAUUAAAUAAAUUGGAAAAACUAAAUUCUCAGCACACUAAUGCUAUGGAGUCUUUGCGUUCUCGCUAUCGAUUGGCAGUUAGUGCUACUUCUUUAGAAAGAUUACCAUCUGUACGUAGUUUAGAAAGCAUAGAUUCUGAGGCUUUAAUAGGGCCCAAAGAACAGAAGAAAAUAAUAUCAGAAAAACAUAGUCAGUGGGAAAUAGAAAAGAAUGAAAACUUGAAAGUUAUUUUGGAAGAGGAAAAGAGAAAGUUACAAGAAGCUGUGGAAGAAGAGCGACAAAAACAAGAAAGGAUUAGACAAGAAAUGAUUGAAAAUAUGCGAAAGGACCAUGAAAGCAAGAUUGAGAAAAUGAAAGCUAGAUUUACUGCUGAAAAGCAGGUUUCUUUCAAUGAGGCCAUAAAUAAACUUGCCAAGGAAAAAGAUGCGGUUAUUGAAGAUUUGCGUGUGGAAAAUUCAUCACUGCAGGAAAAUGUCUCAUCUAUAUGUAAAUAUUUAGAAACGCCGUUAGGGUCUGUGUAUAACUAUGAAGCAUUGACAGUUAGUGAUUCUGCACUUUUAAGUUCCAGCAAAGAGGUUCAAUUUGGAUGUUUUCUAGAAAAAAUUCGGGAAGAUUUGGGACCUUACUUGAAAUUCAAGCCUGCCGUAGAAAAACCUGUUUCUUCUUCCAGUGAUACACAGCAAACUAUGGAAAGUUUAAAGAAGAAGCUUCAUAAGAAAGAAAAAGAAUGUCAAGAGUUGACUGCAAAGUUUGCAGCUUUAUACAAAUCUGGUAGUGGUGAGGAUCGAUCAUGUUUAGAUUGCAAAAACAAAAUUUCAAUUUUGACAUGUAAUGUUGGUGACUUAGUACUUCUUUGCUAUGAAGAAAGGAACGAAAAUUUUAAAGUCUUUCACUUUGGAAGCUUUGUUCAUUUCCUUCAUCAAGAUAGCUUACAGGCUCUUAAUCUGAAGAUUCCUGCAGAAUCAUCAGAAAAAUGGGCUUUAGGAAUAGUUGUAAAUAAAGAAUUUUGUGUCACUAAAAAGCCCAACAAUCGAUAUAAAUUAGUUUUAGGAACAAAAUUCUAUCGUGUGAAAGUACAGCCUUGGAAUCGCGAUCUUGUUUUAUUCCAAAGCAUUAGUCGAAGUCGUCAAACAGGAUCUACCUAUUUUAUUUCCAAGAACACUCCAUUACAGACACUCUCAUCUGAUGAUGGAGAUGGAACUAGGGGAUCUGGCAGCAUGUCAACUUCUGCUAUUUGACGAAAUCAAGGAUGACUGCUUUGUAGUUAUAUGCAUGAAGUUAUGUAGUGUGUUAAUAUGUCUUAUGAAUGAUUGGUGCCUAUGUACUUGUUUUGAACAAUAAGUUUGGCUUGAGAUUAUUUUGAAAUAUUUAGUUCUUUAAAAUAAUUUUAAUAUAUGGUCUAAAACAGUCUGAUGUCUUUCUCAUUUUUAGUGCAAUUUUUUGAGUCAAAUAUGUUUUAUUGACAAUAAGCAAUGUAAAUUGUGUAAUUUUUUUUCCUACUAAAACAAUGCAAUUUUUUAAUGAUCAUAUUUUUAUUGUAUAUCUUAAUAGUCUGCCAGGCAUUAUUUUCAAAUCUGAAAAAUAAGAGUGAAAUUUUAGUCUUUUGUGCCAUAAUGUACAUGAUUUAUUUUUCUCUUAUAAUUUUUAAGCAGUAAGUUAAAUUGCAUAAAUAUUGAAAUAACAUUUAAAUAAUAAGUUACUAUCACUGAAUAGGAUAUUAAUUACUUCAUUUUUUUUAAUUGGUAGAUAUCAAGUAAAUGUGAAAUAAUUAUAGAAACUACUUUAAGUUAAUAUUUAAAGUAUACAGAAAGUGUUGCUGUUAUUUCACUGAAAAGUAACUUUCAAGUAAAGUGACUUGCUGUGUAAAACUCACUUUAAUAUGCUCUGCUAAGUUAAUUCUGUGGGUAUACUACAUUGACUACAAAGCUAAGUAAUAAUGUAAAUAUUUCCCUUGUAUUUUAUUAUUUUACAACAUUUUUUGCUGUUUUUUUAUUGUUAAAAAAAUAAAUGCACUUAUAUUUUUUUAAUGUAAUCUUAUAAUGCCGUCUAAUCCCGUUUGCUUUUAUUAAAAAUUACCUAACUGUUGUUAAAGGUGCUUUAAAAGCUUGCAGUAAAGGAGUUCAGCAUUUGGAAUCAAUUAUAACAUUAAUUUGAGAACCUAUUGUUAAAAUUUUAGUGUGUACUUUUAUUUCUGAUGUAUAAUUAUAUCAUUAGGAUGUAAAGGGAAACUAUAAAGAAAACCAAUUUUAGUGAAUGGUAUUUACUAGAAGAUAGUAACUAUGUUUUUAAAUUCUGUGAGAUAAUUGAAGUUAUUAGGAAGUACUUAUUUAAUUUAAAAUUGUGGUAUAAAAUAUUGCCGUAUGUCUAAGCAAAUUCUUUCUUGUCUGUGGGUAUUUAAGUUUGUGUGAACUGCAAGAAAUUGUUUGAUUGAUCUUUUGUAUAUUUUAAGUAAGAAAUUUUUUGCGUUUUUAUCAGUAUUUAUUUGCGUGAUAUAAUUAGAUUAGAGGUUCCUUAUUUUUUGAUACAGAAAGGUGCUAAUUCCUUUUCUUAUGUAUGGUAAUAGUAAGUGAAUUGCAGCUGCUUAAUCUAAAAUUCAUGUUUAUUUAUGCAACUUUAGGCUGAAAAUAUUUGCUUUGAAAUUCUACUAAAGUAGUGAAGAUAUUAUAGAUUUUAUUGCUAAUUCAUUUGAUAGAAAUUUUGUGAAUUUUUUAAUUUCUUAAAUUGAUAAGAUCCAUGUGCAAGAAAUUUGAAUUUCUUGAGCUUAUAGAAGAAGUAUAUCAUAUUUAACUUGUUAGUUUCAUGUGGCCAUUAUAUCUCUUCAUUAUAAAAGAGUAUUAUUCAUAGAAAUUGUAACUGAAAAAGGCAUUCCAAAAAUAAGUUUAUAAGGAUUUUUCAAGCAAAAUGUAUAUAGAAAUGACAUAUUGUGUACUGUAUUCUGUGACUGAUAACCUUAUUUUUUCACAUAGUUUGGCAUGAUGACAAACAUUUUCAUGUUCUUUGGUGCCCAUCUUGUAAAAUGUGGUGUCUUGGACAUUAAAUCAUGAUAUUUGCAUUGUAUUGUCAGGAGUGACAGAGUGUAUAUCAAUUUCCUUGCCUUUUGAUUCAUGAAAGGGUCUUUGGGACCCACGAUGUUACUUUACAUGAAAUUCCAUUUAUCCACUGAUAAGAAACAGUUUUUGAUAGGUUUUAGAGGUAAUUAAAACAUUGUAACACAGUGGUGACUCAAAGUCCAGACUACUAUAUUUUAUGAGGUUAAGUAUUGAGAAUUGCGACCCACAUGUGAGCAGGUAUCAGUCAUCAUGCCAAAUAAAAUAUCUUUCUUAGAAUUCAGUAUAUGAUGUAUUAUGUCAAAGCAGCAUUUGGUAUUUGGAAGUAAUAACCUCCGUAAACUUAUUUUUGGAAUGAAUCUCAUAAUAAUCUGUAGUUAACCUUUUCAAAACUAAAAUUAAGAAAUUCUAAUUAGAAGAUUGUGGUUUUGUAAAAAAUACAUCCUUUUGACUUUUUGUUGGCAUAUUGAAAAAAUUUCUAUGAUCAGAAUAUUUGCCACUGUGUCAUAUAUUGUUUCCAUAUCUCAAAUUGGCAAUAUUAAAUAGUCAUGCAUUUUUCAAGUGAUAUACUUUCCUACUAUUUUAAACUGUAUGUAACAUAGUUUUACCAUUACUUUUUAAAUCUAACUAGUGAGUCUGCUGUAUAAAUCUUUGUAUUAGAAUGUACAUUUUACCUAACAAAUAUUGUGCAUUGUAAAUGUUAGUCAGUGCCCAUGAGGGGACUGCCAUGGGCAGCUUAAAUUUUACUUUGCGAAUUACCUGUACAUUUUGCUAUGUAUGUUUUUUGUCCUCCAGAGGGAAAUGUGGACUCAAUCAAGCUGAACAUUGUAACUAUAAAAAGUAGCAUUAGCCACACUUCACUGUAAGAUACUGUUUGCAGCUUUUUUUUAAACACAGCUCAAAUAUCAUUAUAAAAAAUGUUAAUAAAACAUUUGUUACUUAUGUAA